CCAGGGAACUGGGAAGAAUAGAAGAGUUCGAUUGCUGGAUACCGUUUGUACAGGGGAACGUAGUGGAUUGCCGGAGGACAACGCAGCCGGCCGCCGGGAAGAAGGGAGGCAAGGGCGGCGCAACGAUAGGAUUUCUCUUUCGUGGGGUUUGCGACGGAGCCCCACUCGUCAGUCAUAGCGGAGCGCUGCCUUGCGGGGCCGCGAACCAACCGGCCGAGCCAGCUGGUCCCGCCUGGCAGGCCCCCAUCCUCCUCCGGCUCCGAUGCACUCCUCCCCCGCCUCCGCCGCGCCGCGCCAGGAGCUCCCCGUGGAGGUCGUCAGCGACGAGGAGAUGGCGCUCAUAGACGCCGCGCUCGCUGCCGCCGCUGCAGCGGGAGCCCGCCCCCUCCUUUCCUCAGCCGCCCGUCGCGCCGCCGCCCCGCUCUCCUGCGCGGCCUACUCGGCCGCCGGCGGCGACAUUGAGGACUCCCCUCUGCCCCGGCGGUCGCUUCUCGCCCGGUUCCGGGAGCGCCGCGCGCUCGCCGUUACUGACAUCACCGCUACGGAAUGGUGUGAGAAACAGAUGGAGUUCGUGCUCGAACACGGCAAGCCGGAGAGGACCGAGGCCAUGAAAGCAGGUUCGGACCGCCACGCGCAGCUCGAGCAAGAGGUUGUUGAAAGAGUGGACGUGACCAUUAAAUCCGCGGAAGAAUUUUGGGCAGUAAAAUUCAUGAACUUCAUCAUGGGAACAAACCAGUUAAUGUUCGAGGGCAUCACACGGGAGCUUCCAGUGAUUGGGGUUGUUGAAGGUUCGUGGAUGGUAGGGAUUAUUGAUGAAAUCCAAAUGCCCAUGGAUGGCAUUUCAUUUCAACCUAUCUUGGUAGAUACAAAGACACGUGUCAGGCCCACAGUUCCCUCAGAAGCACAAAAAAGAAAUGGAAGGCUUCAGCUGAUGUGUUACAAAUAUCUAUGGGACAAUUUGAUUGCUGAGAGAUUUCCAGCAGAUAAUUUCUUCAGCUAUUUUGGCCUGGACCCCAACUACUUGUUAUCGGAUGAUGUCAAGCAGUACAUCAGCACAUUGGGAUUCGAUGCAAAGACCUUUGAAGAUGUAUUGAACUAUUACAAGGUUACCUGCCAUACUCUACCGCGGUCUCAAGAAUUGCUGUUCUUGAGAUAUGAACUACAGGCAGACCAUUCCCUGCUUGAAGAAUACCAGUUCACUUAUGAUGCUAGGUGGUUCAAGGAUCAAAUCCAGCAAGUCCUUGGCUUCUGGCAAGGUUCACGGGAGCCUAAAUUUGUGACUGAAGAGGAGAGGUGGAAAUGCAGUUUCUGCAAAUUCGCGUCAAAAUGCCCAAUGAUUGCUUCCAUAUCAAGAUGUUGACCCUGUCAGAAAAGGCUCUGACUUGGUUGUAGCUUGGUGAAAUAUUUGACACUGAGCUGACGAACCAAAAGUAGUAAUGAAUUUUAACAUUUGAAAUGCCUUACAUUCAUUCUUUUGUUUAUUCUUUUUCCCCUUCAUGGAUGAAGCAAUGUAACUAUUGUUAUUUUACUCCACGUGCAGCUUUGUAACCCAAAUGUUAUCGAUUGGCAAUAGAAUUCUGUUCUUGUUGACCUGGUGUACAUAUUCAUAAUGAAGAAACCACUUUCUGGAAUGUU